AUGAAACAUCAAAUGCACAUACGAGCAAAACGGUUUAGGGCAAAAAAUGAGGACGAAGAAAAGCUCGUUGGAGGGCCGAGCCCAACGUUGCUGGAAAUCUAUGGCGAAGGUGAAUUUGUAUCCAGCUCCGAAGUUGAUGGUACAAGCACAAGGGACGCAGUAACAAAAACACAAGAACAGGAGCCGGAAAACGGUCGAGAACAGGGACCGAAAAACGGUCAAGAACAAGACCCGAAAAAUUUGCAGGAGGCGGGGCCACAGACAAACCUGGCUGGACCAGACACCAUCCACUUCCCAAUACGCCAUGAAGAAGAGCCUCCAUCUCCACAUGAGAGCUUGCAACUUCUAGUAAGCGGCCGAUCCGAAGAGUUUGAUACGGCGCCUGCAAGCGCACUUGACCGAUCUUUUGCAGGGGAAGGGCUUCGUCCCAUUGAUCGGGGCGAAGCAACCCCUUUGCUCCCACAGCAACGACAGGCUUUCAUCGACACUGUGCUCUGGGUGUUUUGGGAAUACAUUUUGCCCGCAAGAGCCCGAACAUAUCUCAUGAACCACUGGUCAGUGUCUGCAUUAUUGGCGAUUCUCGUAUGUGUUGCAGUAGUGACGCUUUUACAGAAAACGGGCCAAUCGCAGCUUGCUACUCUGAUAGUGCUAGCCAUAAUGUGUGGUUUUGAGAUGAUAUUCUGGGGGAGAGACGAGUUUCGUGUUUGUUCACGGCGUGCGGCGGAAGAGUAG